ACACACCCACCAAAAAGUCAAGUCAGAAAACAAGUGAUUACUUAUCGCCAGGAUGUCGGGUAAUCCCUUUGAUAGCGACGAUGACGAGAGUGCAGCCAGCGGAGAAAUCCUCGAGGGGUUCCUCUGUCCCAUUUGCCGGGCGGACCUCAAAUCCAUCGACAUGCUUACGGAGCAUUUCGCAAAGCAGCAUGCUGAAGAGGAGGCCACCCUCAAGACCUUCAAGGACAUAUUCGUCAAGGCCAAGAAGAAGAUUCUGAAUAACUUUGAGGACGAGAGAGUAGCAGGUGGGGCUUCUUCGUCGGGAAGUGCCACUGCCUCGGCAGCUUCAAAGAAUGGUAACGGAGACCAAAAGGGGCCGAGUAACGCCCGUUCCCGAAUGAAUGUCUUCAACCAUAUGAGCAAGCAGCAGGCGGGAGCCGAGUGCUCGCAUUUUGAAUACUUUCAAUCUGUGCGCAAUCCACGCUUGGAGCGGUAUGCCAGUGAGACGAACAAACUAAUUAUCAGGCUGCAUCGACUGCUGAAAGAUAUGCCCACGGAUUCGGUGCAACGACGUCAGCAUGAGCAGCAAACCGUGGCCUGGCUGGAUGGCAGUUCCGUGAAGCUGUGCCCAAGCUGCGCCAAGAGUUUUCACAUUGCCAGGAGGCAGCAUCAUUGUCGCCUCUGUGGCGGUAUUAUGUGCAAUGACUGCUCCAAAUUCCUACCAUUAGAGGAUGCUAUGCAACUGGCAAGCCUUUCUACCACGCGUAGCGAACCUCUGCAGCAGCUCCAUCAAAACGAACGUGCCAUUCGGCUCUGCGAACACUGCCUUUGGCUGCUCGACACUCGAAGGGACAUGCACGAGAGUCGCACAUGCCGCCCACUGCUCAUGCAGGUCUAUGAACAAAUCAGGCAGCUCCAAAAAGAGGUUACUCCAGAACUGGACAUGUACCUAAAGAUCAUCAACAGCUUGAACGAUGGCGAUACCAUUUUUACGCUGGCGGAUGCAGGUGCUCUUCGAGGAAAGAUUGGCCAGGUGGCGGAAGCCAUGGACCUGCGGAGCAAACGCAUCUUGGCCAUCUUUUGUGAGCCUGGCAGUCGUGAAGAAGCUCUCAAAAAGGCCAUUCGCUUGGGCUGUAUUAAAACUAUUAAGGAUCGUAUGCUAUCCUUGCCCCCACUGCCCGAUGAGGAGCACAUUCGCCAGAUGCAGGAGCGUCGUCGCAUGGAGACCGAACAGCGCAUCCUCACUGAGCAACGUAUGGCCAUGGAAGCCUUUGAGCGGAGGAACCAGGCAGCCAAGAUGGCGGGAGAAAGUGCGGCUGGACCCGAGAGUAGAUCCUUUGCCCAAGGGACGGAUCUACAAUCUUUGAACAAUUGGUCGGCUCCACAGGCCGCCACCAAGGUCAGCUUGGACGACCCCCUGAUCGAGCAAAUCAACAUCAUCAAAGGCUACAUUAAGCAGGCUCGCCAGGACAUGAACUUCGAUGUGGUGGAGACCCUGGAGCUCAAUCUGCGCGAGCUUCAAAGAGAAGUAUACGAGAGACAACGCCAGUCGCAGGGCAGCUUUCCCGCCUCUCCCUCCGAAGCCUGAUCAGUAUCCUAUCUAGUUGUAUAUAUAACCAUUCCCGCUUUGACAAAUUAUAUGAAUGCAGUUCGUUAA